AUGGCCGUCAUGCAGCCUCACCAACUCAAUUGUGAAAGAAGACGGUUCGGAUGGCUGGCUAUGGCAGCUGCUACCGUGGCCAUGGUCACAUGUUUCGGGCCGGGAAGCACGAAGAGCUUCGUGACAGGCUACACGGUGUCAGGAGCCGCGCCUGACUGCAGCCCUGUAGCCAUGGAGGCCAAGCGACAGCGAACCUGGCCUAUCAAAUUCCGACAGAACGCGGAAUAUUUGGCGCGCCAUCCUCCACCAGCCAUGACAGAGAAGAAGCGGAAGCGACGUUUGCUCUAUAUCAACCUCUUCAGGCGCCAGGAUGAGAUGUUGUGCGAGAAGUAUAUUUUCAACGACCCUCGAGACGACAGGUGGCAGUGGGACGUGGACAAGACUCGCCAGUUUCUUGAUGAGGAGAAAACCAUGGUGGACGACAUCAAAAAGAAGAAGCUGACUAGCCGCGAUGACUUGGGCCUGCCUCUGCCGCCCACGGAUCUGAAGAUAAAGGCGAUUGCCAAAAUCCAGCGGAGCACUGCAGCACAAGCCUCGAAGCAAGAAGCUGACAAGGCCAAUAAGGAAGAAGGGAAGCCUCGAGCUAAGAAGAAAAGCCAAAUGAAUCAGGAAGUGGACCUUGGGAACGUGGACGUUGAGUUCAUGAACUACAAGGGCCUGGUCAUGACAAGGAAGCAGAAAGCAGCGUUUGCUGCUCGUGCAGCGAAGAACAAGAAGCAAGGCCGCCGCUAG